AUGAAGGCAGGACAUUUUGAAAUGGUCACCAUGCUGCUGGCACCUAUGAUUCUAAUGGACAUCUUCCAGGUACAAGCUGAAAUGUUAGAUAUGGCAGCUAAUGCAUUUGAUGAUGAAUACCUGAAAUGCACUGACAGGAUGGAAAUCAAAUAUGUUCCCCAGUUGCUCAAGGAGGAAAAAGCAAGCCUCCAGCUCUUGGAAGAUGUGUGGGAAAAUGCAGAAGCCAAGUGGGAAGCUCGGAAGACUCAGCUCCUUCUCCCUAUGGGUUUUAAGGAUAACCAUGGAAUAGCCCUGAUGGCAUAUAUUUCUGAAGCUCAAGAGCAAACUUCCUUUUACCAUCUGUUCAAUGAAGCUGGGAAAAUGGCUGGCAAGUCUCGAAAAGAUUAUGUCUAUGGCUUCCAGUUCAAAGCUUUUCAUUUUUACCUGACAAAAGCUCUGCAGUUGCUGAGAAGAUCUUGUGAGAACAGUUACAAAAAUGUGGUGUAUAGCGUAAGGCAGACUACUUUAUUUACAUUUGGAGGACUAAACCAAGUCCGAUUUGGCCAUUUCACCUUGGCAUAUUCAACCAAACCUCAAGUUGCUAAUGACCAAGACGUUCUGUUAACCAUCAACACAUGCUUUGGAAUUGCUGUUGAAAAAUUUUUUGAUAAAGAAAGUGAAAGAAUUAUUUUAAUACCUCUGAAUGAGGUUUUUCAUGUGUCACAGGAUGGGGCUGGCAAUAACCUUAUCCUUCAAAGCACAAACAAGACCUGCAGCCAUUAUGAGUGUGCAUUUCUAGGUGGACUAAAAACUGCAAAUUGUGUUGAGAACAUGGAAUAUUUUCAACACAUCAGUGUCUACAACUCUGGUAAUGAGAAAAACCAGAAACUUGGAGACCCUGGAAAGAAAAGCCAGGAGCCCACAGUCUUACCUGGUGUGAAGAGCCAAGAAGCCACCCAAAUACCUGGAAUGAAAACUCCAGAACCUUUUUCACUACCUGGAAUAAAAAUGUUACAACCGGGUGAAAAACCUGAAGACAAAAGUCAAGAUAUGGACAGUCCUGCUCCAGCUCCAGCUCCAGGUCCAGUUCCAGGUCCCAAAACCCAUACUCCUGCAUCUUCUGGCAAAAUGCUCCUUCCACCGUUUGGGACAUUCAUCAUUUUAAUCAGUGUUUCUGCUAUAAAUCUCUGUCACUCUGUAGUCUGA